AUGCUUCUCCUUUCCUCCGCCCUCUUCACCACCGCACGCUUCCCACUCGCCGUCUCCGCCCGCCUCCCAAACCCUACCACCACCACCCGCCUCCUCCUCUUCGCCGGCCUCCCUUCCUCCUCCCCACUCCGCGCCUUCUGCCCCAGGGCGCGGCCCUCGCCCGCCACCUGCGCCGCCUUCUCCUCCACCAUGGCCGCCGCCGACAACCCCCUCCUCGUCGCCGACUUUGACUUCCCGCCCUUCGACCGCGUCGAGCCCAGCCACGUCCGCCCCGGCAUCCGCGAACUGCUCACGCGACUCGAGGGCGAGCUCGAGGAGCUCGAGAAGGGCGUCGAUCCCACGUGGGGGAAGCUUGUCGAGCCGCUCGAGCGCAUCACCGACAGGCUCGAGGUCAUCUGGGGCAUGGUCGAUCACCUUAAGGCUGUUAAGGACUCCGCCGAUCUCCGCGCCGCCGUAGAGGAAGUGCAGCCCGACAAAGUCAAGUUCCAACUAAGGCUGGGGCAGAGCAAGCCUAUCUAUGAAGCUUUCAAGGCCAUCAGGAACUCUUCCGAUUGGGACAGUCUCAGUGAUGCUCGCAAGCGUAUAGUUGAAGCUCAAAUAAAGGAAUCUGUUCUCAGUGGAGUUGCACUUGAGGAUGAACAAAGGGAGAAAUUUAACCAAAUCGAACAAGAGCUUGAAAAACUGACACAAAAGUUUAGCGAAAAUGUGCUGGACGCCACAAAGAAAUUUGAGAAAUUAAUUACUGAUAAGAAAGAAAUUGAGGGGUUGCCUGCUACAGCCCUUGGUUUAGCAGCACAGACUGCUGUGUCAAAGGGCCAUGAAAAUGCUACAGCUGAAAAUGGACCUUGGGUUAUCACGUUGGAUGCACCAAGCUAUAUCCCUGUUAUGCAACAUGCUCAGAACAGAGCGCUCCGGGAAGAAGUUUAUCGUGCUUAUCUUACCCGCGCCUCUAGUGGUGAACUUGAUAACACCAAUAUCAUCUCCCAAAUUCUAAAGUUAAGGCUAGAGAAGGCUAAACUUCUUGGCUACAAGAACUAUGCUGAGGUAAGCAUGGCUCAGAAAAUGGCAACUGUUGAGCGAGUAGAAGAGCUUCUCGAGAAGCUGCGUGCUGCUUCCUGGGGUCAUGCUGUCAAAGAUAUGGAAGAUCUAAAAAUCUUUUUGAAAGAUUCUGGUUCUCCUGAAGCUAAUGAUUUGACUCACUGGGACCUUACCUUCUGGAGUGAACGACUGAGAGAGUCUAAAUAUGAUAUCAAUGAGGAAGAGCUGCGCCCUUAUUUUGCACUACCCAAGGUUAUGGAUGGCCUCUUCACUCUGGCACAUAAGCUUUUUGGAGUUACUGUUGAACCUGCAGAUGGGCUGGCUCCUGUCUGGCACAGUGAUGUCAAAUUUUAUUGUGUCAAAGACUCUUCCAAUAGCCCUGUUGCUUACUUUUACUUGAUCCUUAUUCAAGACCAUCUGAAAAGCGGAGGGGCUUGGAUGAAUGUGACUCCACCAGUUGGUGAGAAGCCCAGUCUUAUGACCUUCCGCGAGGUUGAAACUGUGUUCCAUGAAUUUGGUCACGCCCUUCAGCAUAUGCUUACUAAACAAGAUGAAGGCUUUGUUGCUGGUAUUCGUGGAGUUGAAUGGGAUGCUGUAGAGUUACCCUCCCAAUUCAUGGAGAACUGGUGUUAUCACAAGAAUACUCUUUUGAGCAUUGCAAAGCAUUAUGAAACCGGUGAAACUCUUCCAGAGGAAAUUUAUGCGAAGCUUGUAGCUGCAAAGAAUUUCCGUGCUGGCACCUUCAGCUGGGCGCCAGGUGGCUAUGCUGCUGGAUACUACAGUUACAAGUGGGCUGAAGUACUGUCAGCUGAUGCAUUCUCAGCUUUUGAAGACGCUGGUUUGGAUAAUGAGAAGGCAAUUGAGGAAACUGGCAGACGGUUCAGAGAUACUGUUCUUGCGCUUGGAGGUGGAAAGUCUCCGCUUGAGGUGUUUGUUUCAUUCCGAGGACGGGAGCCUUCACCUGAACCACUUCUUAGGCACAACGGCUUGCUUCCUGUUGCUGCGUAG